UUUACACCCGUUACAGUUCUUUUGAACUAAAUAAUUUAAAUUGACAAAAAAAUAAAUUUUAAAUCAGAUGUGUACAGAUAAAUUGGGGCAAUGAGAAUCUGGAUUAUGCUUCUAAUAGUACAAGCGCUACUCUUUAGGGUAAACGCAGUUAAAGAACAAAUGGAGGAGGGAUUUUUGGGAAUGGGCAAGCUGAGUAAAAAAUUAAAACAGAAAAAAGCUGACAGGAAAAUGAAAAAACAGCUUUACAAACAAAUGAAAGGUGACUUAAAGAAAGAUCUGAAUCGUGAAAUGACAAAAUUAAGAAAUGAAGAAGCAAUGGAUGAAGGUUACGAAUCGGGACACAAACCAUGGGAUCACAAGAGGGGAGUAUUUGGACGUAAUGAUCACGGAAGGCAUAGAGGAGGUAGAGGCCAUACUCAUGAAGUGGAUGAUAAAACUCUUAGAAAACUGGAAAAUAAGCUAGAACACCAAGUUUUAGAUGACCUAAGAGCUUUUGAGGAACAGGUUGAAGCAUAUUGAAUGAGUUCCUAAAAUUUUAUUUUUGGAAUUCAAGAAUCGUAAUACUUUAAAAGUCAACAAAAC